CAUGAUCCCAAUAAAUUUUUUGAAGUUUUAUCAAAAACUUUGAACUUUUGAAAGUUUUCAAUUUUUUUAAACUUAGGAAGUGUUUCCCUAUAUUUUCUUGUUCAGAGGAGUGAUGAUGUUUCUCCAAAAUCAUUCCCAAUAAUUCUGAAACCAUAUGAAUAACCGUACCGGUUUGUUCUCGUUUCCUGAAUUUCUUUCUCAUUGAGAAUUUCGAACAUCGACGUAUAUUCAAAAUGCAAAGUUUGAAGGGUCUUAUCGUGAAUUCCAUCCUAAGCUCAAGGAAUGCCAACAAAUGGGCUAGUGUUUCAUGUUUUUCCACUUUCACCCAACCAUUAUGCGUUAAAUUGACUCCAAUGUUGUCUGCUGAACCUAUGAAAAAAAAGAAGAAAAUGGACCCAGCUAUUAUAAAAGUUCGAGAAGACCGUAAGAGAAGGAGAUUAUGGAAGGAAUGCCGGCGUUUAAUGAAAACACAAAAACAAAUGAAACCAGUAGAUGAAAUAACAAUUCCAUACUCUAUAAUAGAUCACAGAGAAAAAUACUUGCGGAAAAAACCAGUCAUGAAUGUAGAAGUAUUAGAUGAGCGAGCUGAUUUAUUAAGGGAAUGGACUUCGUAUAAGAAUGAUCGUGCCACUCGAGAUUUUAAUAUGAUAGAUAGAAUAUAUCGUUCUCAAGUUAAAGCACUCAAACAACUUCAAAUUGCAUCACCUACGUUAUAUGAAGAAGCGAUCAAGAUCGAUGAAAAUUUGUUACCUAUUACUCUGAAUGGUCCUACUUUAACGCCACCUAUCAAAAAUUACGAAACGCCGGAUGGAGAAUACGUAGAUGUUACCAGAAAAUGGGAUCCUCCGAAAUUGCCAGCUGUAGAAACUAAAAAAUUUAAAAAAUGAUCUUUGUGUUUAUAAUAAUGUGUGAUAUUUAUUGUAAAUGUUGUUCUGAGAGUGUGAAACUGGAUGUAUUUUGUUAAACUGGAACAAAUCUGACGGACUGUCGAGUAAAGCAUUUUAAAAUAAACGUUUCAAUUAUAGCUUCA